CUGGAGAAUGUCAUAGACAACUACGUAUGAACAAUGAAAUCUUCUUGGAUCUUCAUGGUGUGUUGGUGGGAAGGUAUGGGCUGCGACCUUCUAUGCACAUUAGCACAAAAGAGAUGCUUGCUAUGUUUCUAUACACAUGUGCUGGAAAUGAGUCUAAUAGGAGAGCUCAAAAUAGAUUUAAGCAUUCUGGCGAAACUAUUAGUAGGAAAUUUGAUGAGGUGCUAAAUGCUUUGAUGGCUAUGGCGAAAGAUUUCAUUCGACCAAAGAAUCCCAACUUCCCCACAGUCCAUAAGAGGAUAAGAGAUGACAAACGUGCAUAUCCACAUUUCAAAGAUUGCAUUGGUGCACUUGAUGGCACUCAUAUCCGUGUUGCUCUUUCACCUGAUGAGCAAGUGAGAUAUAUUGGAAAGACCGGGGUAGCCACUCAAAAUGUACUAGCGGUAUGCGACUUUGACAUGCGUUUCACUUAUGUUUCCACGGGACAACCUGGAGCUAUGCAUGAUACAAGUGUGUUGUACAAUGCACUCAGAGUGGAUGAAGAAUUUUUUCCACAUCCUCCACAAGGCAAAUACUACGUUGUGGAUGCGGGAUAUCCUAAUCGUCCUGGCUACCUCGCUCCUUACAAGGGUGAAAGGUAUCAUUUACCGGAAUGGCAUAGAGGUAUUGAACCUAAGACGCCUAUGGAAAGGUUCAAUCGGGUUCACUCAUCUAUCCGCAAUGUGAUUGAGCGAUCUUUUGGACUAUUAAAAAUGAAGUGGCAAAUUCUUUGGAAGAUGCCACCAUAUCCCAUGUACAAGCAAAAGAUGAUUGUUGUAGCUACCAUGGUCCUUCACAAUUUUAUUCGUGAGCAUGGAGGUCAAGAUGAAGACUUUGCUCGGUUUGAUCGUGAUCCCAAUUUUGUUCCUACAAUACCGGAAAGAUAUAACAAAUAUGCAGUUUCGCAAGCGGCGUCAGAUGGGACAACUUCCGCACUCAACGCGCCAACUAUGGAUGUCUUUCGUGAUGAGCUAGCCACCGCACUCUCUCUUGCUUGGAACUAG